CUCUACUUCUUCUCUUUCCUCUACCACUUUCCCUCUUUCAAUUACCUUUUAAAGUCAUCAAAGCUUCGGCGAUUCCUCUGUCGGAAUCUUGUAGCUUGAUACCCGUUUGAUUUUGAGUUCAGCUUCAUCAACAGCUGAACCAUCUCGCCACCGUCGCGCCGUAAACUGCGACUUUUGUCGACCCCUUUCAUCAACCAGUUUUAUCAUCAAUCACGAUGGAGUACGAAAACGAGCCUCGCGGCUACGAAGAUGAGCCUCGCUACGAGCGCGACAGGAGCCUCUCUCCUCGUCCCGCCCGCCGUGGUGACAGCCCUCGUCGUGACCGCAGUGCUUCGCCCAAUGGCCGCAUGGACAGCAGAGGUCCUCCCCCGGACAGCCGCAACCAGCAGGAGCGCGAUGAUUCUGCGCGCAACCCUGGCUCCAACUUGUUCGUGACCGGCAUUCACCCUCGCCUCUCCGAGGCCGAAGUUGCCCGUCUCUUUGAGAAGUACGGUGACGUUGAAAAGUGUGCCAUUAUGCUCGACCCGCACACUAAGGAGUCUCGCGGCUUCGGCUUCGUCAAAAUGGUCACUGCUGAGCAGGCCGACGCUGCCAAGGAGGGAUUGCAAGGCGAAGUCAUUGAGGGACGUACGCUUAGCAUUGAAAAGGCUCGUCGUGCUCGGCCGCGGACUCCUACUCCCGGAAAAUACUUUGGUCCACCCAAGCGCGAGGAUCGGCCCCCCCGCCGUUUUGGCGGCCGUUACGAGGAUCGUCGUGGCGGAUAUGGAGGCGGAUAUGGUGGCUACAGUGGUUACGGACGCCGCGACGACCCGUACAGCUACCGCGGAUCGCGCUACGAGGAAGGUGACCGUUACUAUGGACGCCGUGAGCCUCGUGAGGAUUAUGCUCCUCGUGGCGUCGACCGCUAUGCUUCUGGCCGUGAGGACCGCUACGGCGGCCGUGGCGAGGACCGUCGUGGUGGCUAUGAGCGUGACAGUGCUGCCCGUUCAGGUUCUUACGCCGAGCCUCCUGCCGCUCGUGAGCCUCGUGAGCCGUACGCCAGCCGGACCUAUGAUGACCGCGCCGACGAUCGGUACUCUCGUAGGUAAAUCUUGCGAUAUUACUAACCUGAGCUCUUGCUCGCGCGAGCAUGUUCU